UGUGACUGUUGCAGACAAUAGAGUUGUUAUUUUGAUCAGAAACACCAUGUGUGUUACUAAACUAGUCAAGGAAAUUACGGUGGCGGUGUUCACGAAUCUGAGUUACGUAUCUGGAGUUUUGUAACAGCAUUCUCUUAUUUGACAUAUUUUGAUUGUAUUUCAAUUCGACUGGUGAUUACUUGGAAGAUGAAUAUAUUAAAAUCAUUUACAUCAUUCGCCAACAACUUUUACUGUAAUAUGUUGGAAAAAUGUCCAGAAAAGUUGGAGAAUACAUUCUUUUCUCCCUUCAAUAUAUAUACUGCCCUCGGGAUGGUUCUGUCCGGAUGUGAAAAAAAUACGAAAGUUGAGAUGGAAAAAGCGAUGCAGUUAUGUGGAAGCUUGAAUUAUACUGAGACCCAUGAUAGCAUCCGUGAUCUACUAGAAAGGUGUUCCCAAGCGGAAGUUGGCGUCGAGAUGAUCCUUGGAAACAAACUAUUUACUACAGUUUGUGCUGGUGUCAAAGAGGAUUUCAAGCAAAAUUUGGCAGAGUAUUACAGUGCGGAGACUGAACAUGUACCAUUUGAAACAGAUCCCGAGGUUUGUCGAAAAAGAAUUAAUCAGUGGGUGAGCGAGAAAACCAAGGGAAAAAUUGAAGAACUUCUUCCAUUUGGUUCUGUAGCUAGAGACACGUCCAUUGUGGUAACAGCUACUACAUACUUUAAAGGCGAGUGGGAGUCAGCUUUCCCGGAGUUCAAGUCACAUGACAGUGAUUUUCAUAAAUUGGAUGGAUCGAAAAUGACAGUUAAAUUAAUGUUUACUGAAUCAUCUUUCAACAUAAUCACUUUGCCCCAUUUGAACUCACGUGCUGUCAGGAUACCCUUCAAGGAUUCCAUGUUUACUUUGUUGGUCAUCCUUCCUGAUGCAAAUGAUGGUCUACCGAAUUUAUUGCGGUUACUGUCGAAAGGUAAUACGUUGUCAUCUAUUAUUUCUUCAAACAACUUUGAGGAAACUAAGUUGGAAUUGUAUUUGCCGAGAUUCAAGCUAAAGGAAGGUAGCAGUGUCAGUGUUAAGAAGAUUUUACAGGGGAUGGGGAUAAAUGACGCAUUCUGUCCGUCGUCAGCUGACUUUACGAGAAUUUCAGAAUCAUGUAGAUUGUGUGUGUCAGAUGUCCUUCACAAGGCUAUACUUGAGGUGGAUGAGAAAGGCGCAGUUGCUGCUGCAGGUACGGCAGUAGUUAUGCUGAGAUGCUCAAUGGCACGUCCAGUUAAACCUGUCCCCAUCUUUCGUGUUGACCAUCCAUUCUUCAUAUCGAUUGUGUGGAAUAACAGUGUACCAUUAUUCAUGGGACAUAUUACGGAGCCGAAAGAAGACUGAAUUGUUUCGCCAAUUCUACUGAAAUCGAAGCACUUCAGAAUAUAUACAUAUAUGCUUUUGUAUUUUAUGAAAUAUUAAUCAGAUUUCACAUUGGAGUGCAGUGGUACUGUGACUGACUGUUGACGUAUUUAUGACUUAUACCGGGACAAGAUUUAUCUGAUACCCGCCUGGUUAUCUAUCACAGUCUUUCAUUCUCUGACAUAAUUUCUCUAAUUUGUUUGAUAAUCUCUUUUUAUAAUUUUACCUGGUUUCGACUAAUUCGGUACUGUUGUUUCCUAACUUCGUGAAAGUGAAAAAGUAUGAUGUGCAUUAUUUAAAUUGUGUUGUAUUGGUUGUGGAAGCGUAAAAAGUGAAUACAGUUGGUGAUUUUCUAUAAGUUUCUUUAGGCAAUGAUAUUCACAAUUAAUGGUUUUUAUAAUUUUCACUUUUCAUUGCCUGGAAGUUUGUUUUAGUUGGAUUUCCUUGUUGAUAUUUCUGGGAUGAAUUUAUUCUGUAAAUUAAUGCAUAUAGCUGCGUAGCAUUUGAUUUCUUGUUUUCGUUCUUAUGAUAAACUAUGCUCGAGUUAACUGCAAUAAGGGGAGAACUUUUCCACUUUAAUUACCACUUUUACUGAUUGACUGACCUCAGUGGCAAUAAUUUUCAUAGACUCUAUCAAAACACAUAUUUGUUCUUUGGAAAGUAUGUUGAAAAAGAGGAUUUAUUUAAAGGACAUCUGAUGUAAUUCUAUGAAAGUCUUUUACAGUCAGUCUUCUUAUUGUUGUCUCUUCCCUAUAUUUUCGUCCACUGUGGUCUUCAUUAGAUUUGCUAUAUUUAUUCUCGUGCAUUGUGUUUGCUGAAUUUCAUCAACUUGAGUAGAAUAAGUUAAGUUUUCUGCAAUGUUACCCAUUAUUUCUUGACCUGACUCUGAUCAAAUUGGACAUUUACACUAUUCUACUACUGCUAAGGAUGAUUAUCGUCGACUUAGAUCAAGCAGGUCGACUUUGCUUUUGAAUUCACUCGUUUUGUAACUGAAUCAUUCCUAAAGAACUGGUUACAGACUAGAUUUUACUACAGAUUCAGAAGACGCUUUGGCUUUAUCAAAUGGUAUCAUUUCUGGCUCCGACAUAAUAACUGGUUAUUCACCAAAUAAUGUGUGUAUCAUGCAGCAAUUCGCUCUCUAUUUCCUUUUUUACUAUCGACAAAUAUAGCAGGUUUAAGGAUAAGAGGUGUAUAAAUUCGCGAUUUUUGAUCAUCGAGGCCGAAUGGUAAGCAAUGAUGAGGUUAAGCGUAGUUUUAGAUAAGUCGGAUAAAUCAAUCGAUG